AUGAUCCAGCACUUUCUAUCCUGGCAGUAUCUGGUUGUAUUCCUGUAUCUGGCAUAUGUUGCCUCUGUGUAUGUCAGGAGAUACAGCAAGCGACAAGCCAUCCUCCAACUUGGCGGCGAGAGUCCUAGGGUCACGACCAGUUUUAUCUUUGGGCUUGACUUUCCAGUGCACUCGACACUCGCCAUCUUGAGAAAUCAGAGCCUGGAAUUCUGGGAAUGGAUCUACGAACAUACCGGAACCGCACACAAUGGAACGGGCUCAUAUACUUCCGAGUUGCAUAUGUUGGCCAAUUCUCGCGCCAUCUUCACGGCGGAUCCGGAGAACAUCAAGGCGAUCCUGACCACCCAAUUCCAGGAUUUUGGCAAAGGCGAAGAAUUCCAUGAGCAGUGGAAAGCUUUCCUUGGAGACAGCAUCUUCACCACCGAUGGGCCACUGUGGCACAAUUCGCGUCAGCUCAUCAGGCCUAUGUUUGUCCGGGAACGGGUUUCCGAUUUGCCUUUGAUCGAAACACACGUCCGCAGGCUGAUUUCUCUGAUGGGCCCGGGCGAUGGGCAGCCGGUCAUGUUGAACAAGCUCCUCUUUCGUUUCAGCCUCGAUGCAUCGACUCAUUUUCUGUUUGGACACAGUGUCGGCAGCUUGGACAAAGAGCAGUCGGAGUUUGCAACCGCCUUUGACGAGGUACAGAGGGUUCAGUCGUUAAGGGGCCGCUUGGGACCAUUCAGACACUUCCACUCCAACCGGUCCUUCGAUGCAGGACUGAGAACCAUGGAACAAUUUAUCGAGCCAUACAUCACCGAGGCCUUGUCAAUGUCUCCUGAAGAGCUGGAAUCUAGGCUGUCUCGGUCUGACACCUUUAUUCACGCCCUCGCCCGCCACACCCGAGAUCGCAAAGUCGUCCGGGAUCAACUGGUGGCACUGCUUCUGGCUGGCAGAGAUACGACCGCUGGGACGUUGUCCUGGCUCUUCCUCGAGCUGGCCAAAAACCCGCGAGUGGUCGAGAGGCUCCGUGCAGAGAUAUUCGAAUUCUUAGGGCAGGAUGACCGGCCACCAACCUACCAAGAGAUCAAGGAGAUGAAGUAUCUGACUUACACCAUCAACGAGACACUGCGGCUGUAUCCUGUAGUGCCUUUCAACGUCCGGGCUGCACUGGUGGAUACCACUCUCCCACACGGCGCAGGCCCAGAUGGCAUGAGUCCGGUGGGGUGCACCAAAGGCACAGGCAUUGCAUAUAGCACACUCACAAUGCAGCGUCGGAGGGAUCUCUAUCCGCCCAUCUCCGAGUCCUUCCCGUACGACCCUCACGACUGGGUGCCAGAUCGGUGGGCAACGUGGACACCCAAGGCCUGGAACUUCAUCCCCUUCAAUGGGGGUCCGAGAAUUUGCAUUGGACAGCAGUUCGCCAUGGUGGAGAUGGCAUACACGGUGGUACGGAUUCUGCAAGAGUUUGACCAGAUCAUCGACUAUGGAAGCCGGCGCAUUCUGCAUGCGGACAUCAUUCUCACCCCUGCUGAAGGAGUCAAGGUUGGACUCGUCAAGCGCGAUCACAAGGCUUAG